AUGGCGCCAAGAAAGAACAAGGGCAAAUUCCCUAUCUUAACUUCUGAAGAGCUGAAGCAGGAGGAUGAUGGCAUCAUUACUCCUGAAAUGCAGAAAGUUUUUGACGCCCAAAGAGCUUUCGAAAGAGAACAAUGUGGGAACGAGUUCAGGUUCAUGAAACUUGAAAGAGAAUUUUGCAAAACUGGUAUGGAGAAAUAUCUAAUACAACACUUGGAUGAAGAAUUGAGGCGUUUACAAAGUGUGACCCAGCAGAUGGAAGAGUGUAUUCAUUCAAAGAAUCACAAGGUUGAUAGAUUGCUGGAAGGGCAUAUGCAAACCGGUUUGGCGGAGAGUAACAUGGAAAAAGAUGCUAAACAAUUUCAGAUGAAGCAAUCUAAUGUUGGUGAAGUGAAAACUAAUGUAAUGACUUCAAUUGAAUGUGUAGAUGGUAAACCAGUAAAUAGUAGUGAGAGUGAGGUGAAGUUUGUCUCUGAUUUGAAAAGGAGUGGUAAUGGGAUUGAUGGUGUUGAAAUAAGAGGAUAUCAAAAGUCAUUAUCAGCUUGUAAAUUAUCAGUUAGACAAAGUUCAUGUGUUAAGGGUGUGUCUGAGAUAUGUCCUGUUGGUCAGGAUACUAGUAGUGGGUUAAAUGUUUUGGAACUUUGUAAUUUGAAGGAGAAGAAGGACGUUGGACCUUUUAAAGUUAAUGUUUCACUAGUUAAUGUCGAGAUGGAUAAGAUAAUCUCGUAUUUGUUUGAGAAGAGCUUAAAAUCAAGUGACAUUGUAGUUGACACUGAAUUUCAUCAGUUGGAGCGUCAUAUAUUUCAAACACUUGCUCCUUCUCAGAACAUUAAUGGAGAGAUAAUAAACAUUGUAUCGGAGAUGUGUACACAUAAAAGGAGAAGAGAUUCUAUGAGUAAGACUGGUUCAAACUGGUACCUAACUACUUGGAUGACGAGUAAGUUUACUUAUUCCAAGAAAAGCCAACGAAAUGGUGGAACAAGUAAUCCAAUGAGAUCAUUCUUUUUAGGAGAUUUGGCUUUGUGCGAGAAGAUAUUUGUUCCUGUUCAUGUAAGGUCCGAGGAUCAUUGGAUCUUGUUGAUAGUAAAGAUGAAGGGGAUAAUAGAAAUAUGGGACUCACUUCAUGGUGGAAAGUCUGUUGGGAAUGAAAUUUUGAAGGAAGCGAUAAAAAAUUUGGAUUGCUUUUUAUCUGAAGAAAUAAAAAAGUUGCAUGGGGGAAAUAAGUGGUCAUUUACAGAAUUUGAAGUUAUUAUGAUGGAUGUACCUCAACAGCCUAACACUUUUGACUGUGGGAUCUAUGUUAUCAACUUCAUGGAGGAACGAGAUACACAGUUUCUUGUCCCCCCUAAUUAUGACAGUGAUAAUGAGCGUAUGCGUGUUGCUUGGAAAAUAUUUUCUUCAAGCUUCAACAAAGUUAGGGAGUCUCAAAUCAAGUACACAUAGACGAAGAAUUUAAAGUUGCAUCUCUAACUUUUUCCUGGAUAGUAGUGUUUUUUUAUUAUCUUUUAUGAACAAGAAUAGUUGUAAUUUUUCUUUUUUGAAUGAACAAGGAAAAAUUAUUGAUUUGAAUGAGUACACUUAUUUGUUUGAAA